AUGUCCAAAGAAGAUAGCAAGAUGACCAUCAAUCUUCUCUUGCUUGGAAGGACACAGAGUGGCAAAAGUAGCACAGGAAAUACCCUUCUAGGCAGCACAGACUUUGCUAGUCAGUUUUCUCCACACUCUGUGACCAUGUCCUGCAGUCUAGGCCGCAGCUGUUUCUUGUCAAACUUUGCACGUCGGCAGGGGAGUGAGCUCAGUGUGCAGAUGUGUGUGCUGGACACUCCAGGAUAUCCUCACAGCAGCCUGAGCAAAGAACAGGUACAGCAAGAAGUGAAAGCAGCUUUAGUGCAGCACUUUGGAAAGAAAGGUCUCCACUUGGCAAUUUUGGUCCUAAGAGCUGACGUCCCAUUUUGCGAAGAGGAUCCCACCAUCCCGUUAAUCCAGGAACUCCUGGGUCCAAACUGGGGGUCUUAUACGGCAAUCUUAUUCACCCAUGCAGAUCUGCUUGAAAAUUCCAGGCUCAGCUCAGAACAAUAUUUACAUACUGCCACAGAUCCACUACAUGAAGUCAUGCAGUCAGUACAGCAAAAAUACAUUUUUGUAAACAAUCAUGCAAGCAUUCGAAAAGAGGAAAACAUAAGGGUUUUGAGAAAAAUUAUGGAGUUUGUAAGACAAAACAGUUACCAAACCCUUCUAUUCAAAUAA